UAUUUUUAUAUUUAAAUAUGUGAUUUUGUUAUAUUUCAAUUGUUAUUAAAAUAAUCAAUUUUCAAUGUAUCUGAUAAAAAAUACCUCAGUAUAUUUUUCUUAAUUCAUAUUUUUAAAGUUUCGAGUGUUCAAAAUAUAUAAUUUUAUUAUUAGUUCACAUUAAAUGUUAAAGUCAACUUACUUUAUUGAGUCAUAGCAAAAUGAUGAACCAUAAGAUAACUGGAGAAGAAGUAUCGCCUUUAACUUCAGUAUUUGCUUGUUUGUCAUUGGGAAUAUCGUGUGUUCUUAGUUUGUACAUAUGGAGCAGCGAGCAUAAUAGAGAUCAUCCGUCUAUUGUUAAAAGACGAUUUUUAAGCGUAUUUUUUAUUAUGUUGAUUUCGCCAACAAUUAUUUAUAUAUUUAGUGCUAAAGAAGUUUUAGAGAAUCAUAAUUUUGCAGAGCUACUAGGCCUCAAGGCAGAUGGCUGUUUACUUGCGGCUUUAGUACCUAUUGGUUUAACUGGUGUCUUGUUUUUGGGGCCACUUUGCGUACAAAUUUUAAAUUAUCAAGGAACACCUAAUUUUUUGAGUGGAAAAUAUUGGAAAGAACACUUGAGAAAUAUUUUAUGGUGGCGUAAUCAUGUUGUAGCCCCUUUAACAGAAGAAUUCACAUUUAGAGCUUGUAUGUUACCACUAAUGAUGCAGUCCUUUAAGCCGAUUAGCGCAACCAUGAUAACACCGUUAUUUUUCGGAGUUGCACACUUUCAUCAUAUUAUAGAGAGAUUACGGGAAGGCAAAGAAUUAAAAAAUGUUCUUUUGGUAUCAUGUUUUCAAUUUGCCUAUACUACAAUAUUUGGAUUUUAUUCAUCGUACCUUUUUGGGAGGACUGGACAUUUUUUAGCGCCUUUUGUAGCUCAUGUUUUUUGUAAUUAUAUGGGAUUCCCAGAUAUUUUAGAGAUCAUAAAACAAAACGGCAUGAAAAAAAUACUUUACAUCUGUCUUUAUUUAAUAGGUUUAUUUAGUUGGAUAUAUUUGAUGCCAAUGUUAACUAACCCUAAUUGGUACAAUAAUAACUUGUACAAUUGGGAUAGAUAAUAAAUUUUUUAUUGUACAAUUUUUUUCCUAAAAUGUUAUAACAAUAUCAAUAUUGACUAGGUGCUAUUUAUUCGAACCAAUAUUUUAGUAAGUACAUACAUACUAAUCUUAAGUUUAUCAUUUCAAUUUCAUUUAUAAUUAUCUAACAUUGUUAAUACAUUAACUUUUAAUAAGAGGUAUUUUAAAUAAAAAAACCAACUGUUUGAGUAUCAAUUUUAAUAGCAUUAACAAGAGGACUAAAUAACAGCACCUAAAUUACAAAAUCAUAUUCAAUGUAAAUGUGACCAAACUAUGGCCUCAAAAAUCUUGUGUUAACCGGGAAAACAGUCUCUAACAUAUUUUUCAAUUAUUACCAUUCUUUUUCUUUUUUUUACGAAAAAGUAAACUUGCAAAAUAUUUUUUUUUGUGCGAUUGGUUACUUUCUACAUUCGAAGAUUUUUAUCGGUCCUUAUUUUGAAUGUUAGAAAGUGCUCAAGAGUUUGUUAAUGCUUUACUAUUAAUUUAUUAUUGCAACUAUUAAAAAUUAUAGUUUUAAUACGGUAAUCAAAUUAAAGCUUGAUACGAGAAAAAUAUUGGCGUGGGUUGCGGAUGGCAAAAUAAAGUUUUCGUUUUAUCUAGAUCUUGCCAUCCUGGGCUAAUUGUCUUGUCACUAGUUCUUUGACAUUCAAACCAGGGUUGCCAAACCAUAUGUAAUAAACAAUCCAAGCUGGGG